AUGGAUAUUUUUCUAUAUUUCAUCAUUGUUGCAGGGAUUUUGCAGUCAGAAGCCAUAAUUAUCAAUUAGCCAGGAAAUUCAAUACAAAACUAAAUAGUUGAAGCUACUUAAUAUGCUUGCAAAUAAGGCUAUUUUUUUAAUGGGUAAAUUUGUAGUGAAUGUCGAUCGAUUGAAAAUGGUUUUUGCACCUGUUAAAAGUACAGUGAAUGUGAUUAAAUAUCAUGUGGGCCUGGAUAUUAUUUAAUUGGAAGGUAUUGACUACUUAAGUAUUUUUUAGCUCUUGUGUGGAACACCCAGAUUCAAAUUGUCUGAAGGGAAGCUUGAGUUCUGAUGGAAGUACAGUGAUCUGUCUUCAAUGUAAUGGCCAAUCAACAUUAAUGGGUAUAUUUAGUAGAGACUAUUUUAGGUGGAAUAUGCAUAGCCAAUAAUAAUUGCUAAUAAUUUGAUAGUUUAACUGGAAUCUGCAAAUAAUGUUAGAGUGGAUAUUUUAUUUCUGUUGGUUUAGGGUAUGAGGACAGUUAGACAGUAAGCAGUACAUAUUAUCAAUCAUUUAAUCAAUGCUAAUAAUGUUAAUCUAAUUGUCUAUAAUGUUAAAAUGAGUAAUAAGAUAUUAUUAUUUAGAUAAUCGUGUACUGUUUGUACAAGUGGAUACUUUGUAUAAUAAAGUUAAUGUUAUUAGUGUGUGAAUUAUCUGUCACAUUGUUUAACAUGUGAUUCAGCAUCAAAAUGCACUUCUUGUGAUGGUGAGUAUUAUUUAGAUAUAAAUAAUUGUUAGAAUUGUUCAUUAUAGAUAAACAAUUGUUCAACCUGUUCACUUAAUUUAUAUCAGUAAUUGAUUUGUUCAAAGUGUAAGGUAGGAUCAUAUUUAAAUAAUAAUUAAUGUCCAUUAUGUUCAACAGCAAUAUCAUAUUGUUAAUAAUGUUAAAAUUCUACAAUAUGUCAGGUUUGUUAUAAAGGAUUUUAUUUAAGUUCAAAUAGAUGUAAGAUGUGCUCAGCUUCAAUUUCUAAUUGUUUAUUUUGCUCAGAUUCUAAUACUUGUUAGACUUGUGCAGAAGGUUAUUAUUUAUAAGGAAAUGUAUGUAUAAAAUGCUCAAUAUCUCUUUCUAAUUGUGGUACUUGUUCUAACUCUUAAAAUUGUACAGGAUGUUUAAUUGGUUAUUAUUUAGAUCAUAAUAACAUAUGUUAAAUUUGCUCUGGAUCUAUUAAUAAUUGUAGUAUUUGUACGAACUCUUCAAAAUGUGAUAAAUGUAAAACUGGGUAUUAUUGGGAUAAUACAAAUUGUUUACCUUGUUCUGAUUCAAAUUGUACAGAGUGUUCUAAUAAUUCAAAUUGUUCAACAUGUUUAAUAGGGUUUUAAACAGAUGGUAGUAAAUGUACUACAUGUACUACUGAUACAUGUACUACAUGUACUACUGUUACAUGUACUACAUGUCCAGCUUAAAGUUAUCUUUAUAAUGGAUCAUGUUUGACUUGUUCAUAUGAAAUGAAUGGAUGUUCAAAUUGUGGUUAUGAGGGUAAUAAUUUAAAAUGUUUUAAAUGUUUGACAGGACAUGAUCAACCUGUUAAUAAUGUAUAACCUUGUUAAGCUGAUUCUGGUGCUAAUUGUAAUUCUACAUAAUUUCCUUAUGGUGAUUCAUGCAAAAGUUGCAGUUAAGGAAUAGCACAUUGUGCAGAAUGUUCCUAUUAAAAUUAGUAAUUGGUUUGUACAAAGUGUAGUUCAGGUUAUGAUUUAGGAGGAUCAUGUGAACCUUGUUAAAGUUCUUCUUCAGGAUCUGGAUCUGGUUCUGGUUCUGGUUCUGGUUCUGGAUCUGGAUCUUCAUCACCUGAGUGUUAAAAAUGUGCUUCAGGAACAUAUUUAGAUAAUGUUUCAACAACUUGUAAGUCUUGCUCUGGAAUUUAAAAUUGUUCUACUUGUUCUAAUGGUUCAACUUGUACACUUUGCAAUACAGGUUAUUUUUGGAAUAAUUCAUCAUGUAUUUUAUGUGCAAAAACAAUUUUUAAUUGUCUUACAUGUUCUAAUAAUUAGACUUGUACAUAAUGUUAACCUGGUUUCAUUUUAGAUGGAAAUAAUUGUACUCCAUGUUCUUAUUUUAUAACAAAUUGUUUAGUUUGUAAAAGCAAUUCAAGUUGUUUAGAAUGUAGUCCAGGUAAUCACCUUAAUACAUUAAGUACUUGUUCAUCUUGUGAUGAUCCAAAUUGUAUUAAUUGUAAUUAAUCUUCUUCAAAAUGUACUGCUUGUGCUUCAGGAACUUAUUUAAAUGGAAAUUAAUGUUAUACUUGUUCAAUUAUUAAUAAAUGUAUUGCAUGUUCAAAUAGUUAAAAAUGUAUAGCUUGUUAACCUGGUACAUAUUUGAAAAAUGAUUAAUGUUAAACAUGUGAUGAUUAACAUUGUACUUAUUGCAAUUCAUCAUCUAAUUGUUAAUCAUGUAUAGCAGGUUAUUAUUUAAAUAAUAAUAAUGGAUGUUCUUAAUGUCCAAUAGGUUGCACAUCUUGUUUAAAUAAUAUAUAAUGUAAUUAAUGUGGAAUAGGAUAUUAUUUAGAUGGUAAUACAUGUACAAAUUGUACAAAUUCAUUAACUAAAUGUUUAGCAUGUAUAAAUGAUUCAACUUGUACAAAUUGUGAAAUUGGAAAUUAUCUUGAUGGAAAUAGUUGUACAAAAUGUCCAAUUAGUUUGAAUUCUUGUAGUGCUUGUAAAAGUAAUACAAUUUGUAUUGCAUGUAAUUCUGGUAGUUAUCUUAAUGGUUCUUAAUGCAGUAAUUGCAAUGAUAUUAAUUGUCUUAAUUGUACUGAUGCAAAUACUUGUACUUCUUGUGCUCCUACAUAUAUUGUAAUUAAUAAUGCUUGUACAAAAUGUAUAGGAUAUUCUGAUAAAUGUACAUCUUGUUUUAAUGGAUAUUGUAAUAGUUGUAUCAAUAAUUAUUUAAUAUAAUCUGAUGGAACAUGUCUAAAAUGUCCAGAUAAUUGUUCUUAAGGUUGUGCUAAAAAUACAUUAUAAAAUACUAAUCCUACUAUUUGUUAAGUUUGUUAAGAUCAAUAUUAUUUAAAUAGUAAUGGAUUAUGUAUAAAAUGUUCAAGUACUUUUUUAAGAUGUAAAUAUGAUGUUGAUACAUAAUAAGUAUAUCCAACUUAAUGUGUAGAUGGUUAUUUUUUAGUUAAUAAUUAAUGUAUUAAAGCAUAAGAUGAAAAUACAUGUUAAAAAUUAUAUUAAUCUAAUGAUGGAAAUUAAAUUGAUUCUUAAUUAUGUUAAGAUUGUUGGCCAUCUUAUUAAUAAAAUAAUUAAAUAUGUUAUAAAUGUCCUUAUUGUGCAGAUAAUAGUUGUUCAUUAGAUCAAAAUAAUAAACCUGUUUGCAGUUUAUGUGUUAAUUAUUAUUAUAGUGAUUCAAAUUCUAUUUGUUAAUUAUGUGUUGCUAAUUGUAUUCAAUGCAAUGCUGCAGGUAUUGAAAAUUGUCAAUAAUGUGAUAUUGGAUAUUAUAAGAGUUUAAAUGCUUGUAUUGCUUGUACUACAGAUAAUAAUAAUAAAUCUACUUGUUUGAAUUGUACUAAUGAAAAUACUUGUGCUACUUGUUAAAAUGGUUAUUAUGAAUCUAAUGGAUAAUGUUUAGCUUGUUAAUAUGGUUGUAAUUAAUGUGUCUCUCCAGGUAAUACUUGUAUUGCUUGUAUUACUGGUUUCUAUUUAUAAAAUGGAGGUUGUGUCAAAGAUUUAGGAAAUUGUUUAGAAAAAUAAUAAAAUUAAAAUAAUGGUUGUUAAGUUUGUGCAUAUGGUUUCUAUCCUACUAAAGGUUGGCUAUCACAAUCAGGUUAAUCAUAAGUAAUUGAUACAACCUGUUUAUAAUGUGUCUAUCCAUAAGCAGCAGUAUAUAUUAUUUAUUAUUUAUUAAUUAGUUUGUUUGUAGAGCUAAUCCCUCAGACAAUUAAGUUAUAAGUGCUUCCUAUGGAUCUAUAUCUUCAAUCAAAAAUACCAAUUAUUAUAAGUCUGCUACUUCAUUAGGACCAAUUAGAUAAACAUCUCCAUAAUGUAAACUUGGAUCAUUUUGGACUUAAUAAAGUUGUAUGCCUUGUCCAACAAUAAAUAAUGGUAUGUGUCUUACUUGUAAUAACUUUACAACUUGUACUUAAAUUUAAUGUAAUAUUUAAUAUCAAUUAAUCACAAUCAAUAAUAAUUAAUAAUGUGCAUAAAUACCUUUAGGAUGUACUGAAAUAUAGUAUUCAGAUUAAAUGAUGUCAUUAGCAUGCACUAAAUGUAAUUCUGGAUAUACUUUAAUUGGUAACAUUUGUAUUUCAAUUAAUGGAUGUUUGAAUAUUGAUUAGACUAAUGGAGCUUGUACUUAAUGUACUAAUGGAUAUUAUUUUAAUUGGGAUUUCUUAUUAUAAAAUCCAAAGACUUCAUUAUCUACUAAUACAUAUUAUUAUCAAAAUUUCAAUCCAUUUUGUAGUAAAUGUAACACAGGUUGUGCUAUAUGUCCAUCAUAAUAUACUUGUACUGAAUGUUUACCUGGAUACUAUUGGUAUUAAUCAACACUUACAAUAAAUUCAUAUACUUUUAAAACUUAUACAAAUGCUUAAACAAAUGCUUCAGGUUAAUGUGUUCCUUGUCCUAAGAAUUGUUCAACUUGUUCAAGUUCAACUAUUUGCACAGCCUGUAAUACUAAUUUUACUAUAGAUCCUAAUUCUACUAAUGGUGAUUGCAUAUGUUCUUCACCUUAUACUUAUAAUUAAACUCAAUAAACUUGUAUUCUAAUACCUUCUGUUAAUUCUACUUGUUCUUUUGUAGGAUGUAUUUAGUGUAAUUCUGAUAAUACUUAAUGUUAAGCAUGUAGUACUUAAUAUGCAUUAACAAGUCCAACUACAUGUACAUAAUGUUUGAAUUGCAACUAAUGUUCUCUUUAAACUGGAACUUCUAAUCCAACUUGUUUGGAAUGUGCUGAUGGAUAUUAUAAAGUAUAAGCAAAUGAUGGAGCUCCUAUCACCUGUUAAUUAUGUUCUCAAUCCUUAAAUAAUUCCUUAAGAUGUUAGGGUAUUUUAGAAAAUUAAACUCAAUUAACCAUAAUUUAAUGUGCUGAUAAUUACUUUUUAUUUGGAAAUGCUUGUUAUUAAGUUGGAAACUCAAAUUGCUACACCAUUGCUAAUUCUAAUAGUCAAUCUUGUCAAUAAUGUCUUCCUGGUUAUACAUUAUAUGGAAAUAAUUGUGAUCAAUGUAAUACUAAAAUACUUAAUUGUUUGACAUGUAUUUAGAGUUAAGAUUAAAAUGGAUUAAUUUGUUAAUCAUGCAUUAAUGGUUAUGUUUUAAAUAAUAAUACAAAUUCAUGUUAAUAAUGUCCCAAUGGAUGCUAAAAAUGUACAGUUACUGGUACUAUUGCUCCAUAUAUACUCUCGUGUAAUACUUGUGCUGAUGGAAAUUAUAUUGAUAAUAAUGGAAAUUGUUAAGGAUGUCCAUUUGAUUGCAAAUCAUGUGAUUCAAAAUAUGUAAUAAAUAUUUAAUAUUUAGAUUUGUAAUACUUGUAAUGAUGGAUAUUAUUUAGUUCAAUCUUCCGUUAUAUUAAAUUCCAAAUCAUAUAUAUUUAAACCUUGUUAUCCAUGUUAAAAUAAUUGUGCAACUUGUACAGGACCCACUGGCAAUAUUUGUUAAACUUGCAAAACUGGCUUUGUACUUCAAAAUGGAGGCUGUAUUGAUUUAACCUUAAAAAUUCUAAAUGAUUCCACUUCAUACAAUUUGGCUAAUUGUUAUACUUCUGAUUCUACUGGAUGUACAGUAUGUUUAGCUGGAUUUUUCUUAGAUUCAUAAAGAGUUUGUCAAGAAUGCGUUUCACCUUACAAUAAUGUAUAAAUUUUAUUAUUAUAUUCCUAGUUUGUUUGUGGUCUUAAAGCAGUCUCUCCAACUUCACCAACAAAUGAUUCAAAUGGCUAAACUAAUACGAAUACAAAUACAAAUACAACCACUGACUCUAUUUAAAUAGGGUACAAUCCAACUUAGCCAAGCAGUCUAAGUUUAAUAUUAGCAACAAUGCUUAUUUUUAUGGUAUAAUGA